AUGCCCGAGCGCCUUCGGGCGCUGUUCAGCGCGCCUGACGCGGCUCCGGCCGGGAGGGUGGCCCCGCUGGCCGCGGCCCCGGCGGGGGACGAGCCGCUCCUCAGGGGCAUCUUCGAGAUCGGCAAGAGGAGCUGCGACGUGGUUCUGAGCGCCCGGCGGCUCCGCUGGAGCCCCAUCCUGCCCGAGAGCCCCACAGGUGAUUCCAGUGUGGCUUUACAGGCUCAAGAGGAGAUUAUUGAAAUGAAGGAUGUAUUUUCAGUAAAACUGAAACGUCGUCGUUUUGCAGGGCAGAAAAAAGGUGGUACUUUGUUGGGUAUCACAAUUUUUAAAUGCUUGAAUAAAGAAGAGAACAAGCUUACAGACUGUGCUAUUCAUUUAAAUAACUUAAGUGAAGAUCAUUGUCAGUCAUGGUUUAGACAUCUGAAGGAAAUUUUAAAUGGUUUUCAAAACAGACCUAAAUCCUUGAAAGUGUUUGUUAAUCCAAGCAGCCACAAAAGAGAAGCCACUAGCAUUUAUUAUGAAAAAGUUGCACCUCUUUUUAAACUUGCUGACAUAAAAACUGACGUCACAGUAACUGAAUAUGAAGGACAUGCUCUUUCAGUACUUAAAGAAUGUGAACUGCAGGCAUUUGAUGGGGUGGUUUGUGUUGGUGGAGAUGGAUCUGUCAGUGAAGUUGCUCAUGGGCUGCUGCUCAGAGCCCAGAUAGAUGCUGGGAAAGACACAGAAUAUGUAUCAAAGCCUGUCAGAGCACCGGUUCCUCUUGGAGUAAUACCAGCAGGUACUACAAAUAUUUUGGCCCAUACACUCUAUGGUAUUAAACAUGCAGUGACAGCAACAUUGCACAUUGUAAUGGGACACAUUCAGGCAGUAGAUGUGUGUACUUUCAGCACUGCAAGCAAGCUGCUGCGCUUUGGGUUCUCAGCCAUGUUUGGGUUUGGGGCGAGGACGCUGGCUUUGGCAGAGAAGCACCGCUGGAUGCCCUCCAGCCAGCGGAGGGAUUUUGCUUUCAUCAAAACCCUGGCAGAUCUCAAGCCAGAGGAAUGUGAAUUAUCAUUUCUCCCUCUACAAAUUCCACAGGAAGACACUCAUGAGAAGGACACAAAGAAGAAAGAUAGAACAAAAAAAGGUAACAAGGAUCAAUGGCAGAAAAUUCAGGGUCACUUCCUGAAUGUGAGCAUUAUGGCAAUCCCUUGUCUGUGUUCAAUGGCACCAAGAGGCUUGGCACCUAAUACGAGGUUGAACAAUGGAAGCAUGGCUCUUAUUGUUGUACAAAAUACUUCUCGAACAGAGUUUAUAAAGCAUCUGAAGAGAUACACCAGUGCAAAAAAUCAGUUCAAUUUUCCCUUUGUUGAGACCUACACAGUUCGAGAAGUAAAAGUACAACCAAGGCUUAAAAGUGGACCUGAUGCCAAGGAAAAUGUGUGUCUGAAUGCAGAAGGAAACUACCCUUGGAAUAUAGAUGGAGACUUAAUGAAGGAAGCAUCAGAAGUUCAUGUCCGGGUGCAUCCUCAACUUAUUGAUCUCUAUGGAGUGAACACUGAUGAUCUGGAGAGUUCCCAAGUGACGUGCAACUGCAUAUAG